AUGACUACCACACCUAUUGAAGAGUUUGAACUAAUCAUUGUGGGCGCUGGCAUCGUUGGUUGUGCUGCAGCCAAGGCCUUUGGUACCGAUGGUAGACGUGUGUUGUUGCUUGAGCGUGAUCUCACCGAACCAGAUCGUAUUGUUGGAGAGUUACUACAACCUGGUGGAAUCAACUCUUUAAAGUCAUUGGGGUUAGAAGACUGUGUGGAAGGAAUUGAUGGUAUUCCUUGCUAUGGCUAUGGUGUGAUCCAUAAAGGACAGACAGUUGAGAUUCCUUAUCCAGUCAAUUACGAGACAGAGAAACAAGCAUCAGGUAAAUCGUUUCACCAUGGUCGAUUUAUUCAGAAUUUAAGAAAAGCUGCCACUUGCACCGAAAAUGUCACAGUACGAGAACUUACAGUAAAUACAUUGAUAAGAGAGGAUGAUGGAGACAAAGUGAUUGGUGUCAGUGCUCAAUCCAAAACCAACGAAUAUUUCAAGUUUUAUGCCCCUCUGACUAUUGUGUGCGAUGGUUUAUUUUCUAAAUUCCGUAAAGAAUUCACCACAAAAACACCCGAUGUUCGAUCCAAUUUCGUUGGCUUUGUCUUGAAAGAUUUGGAAUUGCCUUUGCCCAACCAUGGACAUGUCAUUUUGGCGAAUCCUUCUCCCGUAUUAAUGUACCAGAUCAGUACGCAUGAUACCCGUGUAUUGGUUGAUGUACCUGGUAAAUUACCUUCUGUAUCCACAGGUGAACUUAGAGCUUACAUGGAAAAUAUCGUUGCACCUGAAUUGCCUGAAUCCAUUCGACCUAAAUUUAUGGAAGCACUAGAGACAGAAAAAUUGAGAUCCAUGCCAAAUGGUUUUUUGCCUCCCUCAGCUAAUCAAUCUACCGGUAUGAUUGUUGUAGGCGAUGCCAUGAAUAUGCGUCAUCCUUUAACCGGUGGUGGAAUGACUGUAGCAUUUAACGAUGUUGUCUUGUUAAGGGAUUUCUUGUCACCUCAAAAUGUGCCUUCAUUUACAGACUCGGAAUUAGUUAUUCAGCAAAUGAACUCAUUCCACUGGAAGAGAAAGAACUAUUGUACUGCAAUCAACGUCUUGGCCAUGGCCUUAUAUCGUCUAUUUGCUGCGAAUCAUGACGCUGAUUUGGAGGUUUUACAGAGAGGAUGCUUCUCCUACUUUCAAUUAGGCGGUGAUUGUGUGGACGGACCUGUGGGUUUAUUAUCUGGCUUAAUCCAACGCCCAAUCGUACUCGUCUAUCAUUUCUUUGCAGUCGCUUUCCAUGCUAUUUAUAUUGAAGCAAAGAGUAAUGGCUGGUCUGGCGCUCAUCAUAGUUUCAUCAUGUUAUUUACCGUACUUUACACUGCAUGCGUUACCAUUUUACCAUACCUUUGGACAGAGACAAAGUAUUAG